AUUUUCCAGCAGGAAGGGAGGAGAAUUUGACAGUGUGCUCAGACGCCCAAAGGAUGGGCAGGGCCAGCGAGGGGAAUAGAAUCUAAUAGACUCUCCCAGCAGAAGCGUGCGAAUCUAAGUUCUCAUAUUGCAUCACAGCACAUAACUGAGCCUUUCUAUAAAAAGAGAGAGACAGAGACAGGACAGAGCGAGAGACGGGUACAGCUUUUCUGCUCUAAAGAAUUAGCCACCGACGUCACCCGAGACCCACUUUACUCCAAGGAACUUUUGCCCCUCUGUGAUCAAUCCCCUGGCUGGAGAUUUGGCUGCAUCACAGACCCCAGCGCCGAUCUCCUGCUUCCCCAUCACCAUGGAAGCUUCUCUUGCCGUCUGCAUCCUCGCUGCUCUCCUGGCGACGGGGUCCUGCCUGCAGUGUGAGGUUUGUGCAGGCCAAGGAACCAGCUGCAUGGGCGCCAUGCAGACUUGCCCAGCUGGGCAGGAGUCUUGCGCCAUCGCUCGGACAGUAACCACAUUGGCGGGAGUGAACACCCAGAGCAUUCACAAGCACUGUGUGACGUCCAGCCAAUGUAAAGCCGGCCAUGUCUCGAUGAAUUUUGGGAAGGGAAUGACAACAAGGACGAGCAUCGCCUGCUGCAUGGGAGACACCUGCAAAGCAACCAUUGUUAUAGUGCCCCCGGCCGACCCCAAACCCAAUGGCCGGAGCUGCCGGGGCUGCUACUCUCUGACCUCUGAGCAAUGCCGUGAAGAGACCAUACAGUGCACUGGAUCCGAGACCCAGUGUCUUGACACUGCUGGGACCAUAACAUCUGCAGGUGGAAACCCAGUGCGGAUGGUGAUGAAGGGCUGCGUUUCCCAGUCCAUCUGCGACCACCUACAAGUGGGUUCGGGGACCGUCGCAGGGAUCCGUGCAAAUCUAACCAUGGCCAAAUGCACAACGGUCUCCGUGGUGGGCGCGGCUCCGGGACCAGCCGGGCUCCUCCUCUCAGCCCUCGCUGGGCUCCUCCUGCUGACGCUUCUCUCCUGAUUCCCACCCGGUGCAACAGCCGCACUGCACUGAAAUCCACCCUGGAGCCUGCGUUAGCCCCUCUCCCCGCCAGGGCUUCCCAGCUGGACUCACUUCCCCUGGAUAUUGUUGCACUGAAUAAAACACACUGGAGAGCAAA